UCACAUUGGGUGACUGCUCUAGGCUGCUUCAGGUCUCACCGCGAUCCAGCAUCUCGGCGGCUGCGCUCACAUCCUCAAUCGGCAUGAGAGGGAGGACGCAGCGGCUGCGUACAACCGACUGCGCCGCGACAACUACAACACGAACCAGCUUUCUGCCAAUGUAGGAAACAGCGCCGGGAUCCUUAUUGUUUGUUUCUAUUACCACGGGACUGUCAACGUGGCUGGAAAAGACGUCAGACAAUCUAGUGAGCUGCCUACCUAGACAGCUUUUUUUUUGGCGUCAUACCGCGUUCGUGCGCGCUCCGGGCAGCAUUCAUUUACCGUCGCUGUCCACACACACAUGUACAGUAUGUGUGAACGUGCGGAGAAGUUGAAGAUGACACUCUGAAUCGUCUAGGCACGACUUCAAACCAUUUUCUAUGGAUCCAUUGAUCGUCAUCUUCUCAGUCCACAAGGCUCAUUUCUGCAAGCACAUCUGAGUCCGGCAAGCAGAUCACACCAGAAUUGUUUCCAUCAUGAGACUGGUGUUAAAGUACCUGGAUAAGAUGAGGUGUUUCCGAAAACGGUCCACCAUUCCUUUCCUGGUGGCUCUCAUUACCUUCCUGCUCUUCAUAAACCUCUACAUCGAGGACGGCUACGUGCUGGAGGAAGAUAAACGUCAGCUGCGAGAAACCUCAAUGCAUCCGCUGAACUCAGAGCGAUAUGUUCACACCUUUAAAGACAUCACCAAUUUUUCUGGAACAAUCAAUGUGACUUAUCGGUACCUCGCAGGAACACCUUUACCCAGAAAGAAGUAUCUCACCAUUGGAUUGUCAUCUGUGAAAAGAAAGCGAGGAAAUUACCUGUUGGAGACCAUUAAGUCUAUUUUUGACCAGUCAAGCUAUGAGGAGCUCAAAGAGAUCAUUGUUGUUGUCCACCUGGCAGAUUUCGACCUUGCGUGGUGUGAAAGCCUAGUUCAAGAAAUCUCCAGAAAGUUCGGCCACCAUAUCAUUGCGGGACGGCUGCUUGUAAUCCAUGCACCUGAGGAGUACUACCCAUCCCUGGAUGGUUUGAAGAGAAAUUACAAUGAUCCUGAGGAUAGAGUUCGCUUCAGGUCCAAACAAAACGUAGAUUAUGCCUUUCUGCUCAACUUCUGCACCAAUCUAUCAGACUUCUACAUGAUGCUGGAGGACGAUGUGCGCUGCUCCCGAAACUUCCUCACCGCCCUAAAGAAAGUUGUGGCGUCCCGGGAGGGUUCAUACUGGGUGAUGCUGGAGUUCUCCAAACUGGGCUACAUAGGAAAGCUGUACCACUCACGAGACCUUCCCAGACUUGCUCAUUUUCUGCUCAUGUUCUAUCAGGAGAUGCCUUGCGAUUGGCUUCUUAUCCAUUUCAGAGGCCUCCUGGCCCAGAAGGAUGCCAUUCGCUUCAAGCCUUCGCUUUUCCAACACAUGGGCUACUAUUCCUCGUAUAAGGGGGCAGAGAACAAACUCAAGGACGAUGACUUCGAGGAAGACUCCCUCGAUAUCCCAGACAACCCACCUGCUAGUUUGUACACAAACAUAAAUGUAUUUGAGAGCUAUGAUGCUGCCAAAGCAUACAGUAGCGUGGACGAGUACUUUUGGGGCAAGGCACCGUCCACCGGGGACUUUUAUGUUAUAGUAUUCAACAAGGCGACAAAAAUCAGUAAAAUCAAGAUCAUCACGGGAACCGAUGAUCGCCAGAAUGAUAUUCUGCAUCAUGGAGCUUUGGAAGUUGGAGAGAAGUUAAUAGGAACCAAAAAGGGAAGGCAGUGCUCCUCCUAUAUAACUUUAGGAGAGUUCAAAAAUGGAAACAUUGAGGUUCACGAUGUGGACCACAAGAUAGCGUUUGAUAUCGAGUGCGUUCGCAUUGUGGUAACAGCCAAUCAGAAGGAAUGGCUUAUCAUUAGAAGUAUAAGCCUCUGGACUACACAAGGUGCCAGUCAAUGAAGACUUUUUGAAGCGUAGCUAAAGGCACAAGCAUAUGUUUAUUUAUCUAUUUAUUUAUUCUGAUUCCUAAAUUAUUUAUUCGCUCUUACCUGAGAGAUCUUUAUUUUUUUCAUCCGGCGCAUUUUAAGACAGUAUAGGAUCAAACUCAGACAGUUUUGGCAUUCUGACAUCAAAUAUUCACACAAUAAAGACUUCAUAAAUAUACACGGUAGUGAUACACGAUACAUCAACAACCAUAUUGGAAUUAAUGUUAUCAAUACAGAGCAAUGAAUUAUGGACUAUUUCAAAUCACACGCAAUCAUUCUACAUCUUAGAAGAGUUUACGCUAGAGGAAAGGCAAGAUGUUGGUACUUUAGGAAUUUUUUAUACCUAGAUGUUUUCAAAUGAUUUUGGGAAAGGAAAGAUCUUUGUCCUUGAAUUUUUUAUUUUUGUUCCAUAUCUUCUUAAGUUACGGUUUAAAGUAAAAACAGUAGUCCACUGUAUUUUUGUUUGUUUUUGGUUUUAGUAUUCAGGCUUCAUUUUUUUAUUUAUUGACUUAUCGGUAUGUCAAUAUCAGCCAAAAUGUCUGUAUUAGUGUAUAGCGUGUGUGUGUGUGUGUUAAGGUUGAUUUAUACUUCUGCAUCAAGUGUACUUGUAUGGUCCGUUGCAGCCUUUGCGCAGUCGCAUACCCCUCACCAUGGCAGAUGCUGAUGCUCACCUCACAAAAGUUUAAAUGAUGAGUAGCACAAGCUUUGUGAUUGGUCGGCUUGGUAGUGGUGAGAGCUGUGUGAACCUGUUGGAGCGAGUGUUUACAAGUGUUGAGUCCCAUGAAGGAGCUCAAGAUGGAAACUUUUGUUUUGUGUUUACCUUAUGAAUAAAAUUGUUGCAUCCACCGGUUCCUGCUCCAGAAUGAGAGAGGUUUAGGGCCUACUCACAUUAUGCUAUCCGAACCGUGCCCAGGCCCGUUUCCCGGAACAUUUGAAAAGUGUGAGUGUGCUGAAUCGGGCUCAGGUACGGUUCACUUGGCCGGCCCUGGCCCGGUUGGAAGAGGUGGCCCUGAGCGCGGUUCACUUGGGCUUUGGCGCGGUAUGUUUGUAGUGUGAGUGCUAAACGCGCCAAAGCUGAAAAUGAAAGCCAGACGUGACUUUGAGGGACUGUUUCAUAUGGAUUUAUUAAUCAUUCUUACUGUUCAGUGAACGCAAACUCCCCUAGAUUAAAGAUGCAAAUCUCUCACUGCACGACAGAUGCGCACCUUCAGCAGACCUCCUCAUUCCUGCAGCACGAGGGCUUUAUAAUUGUUUAUGAGCGCUAAAAGUGACGGAUCUGUUCGGCGAAAUAUCUGACUGCGUGUCACCGCAUAUCAAACGACUAAACCAAUAUAACUAGAGAAAUCUCCACUGUGCUGAGCGAGAGCACUUCUCUACUGAACAGCGCAGCAUCAAUGACGUAAGCGUACUCAGGCCUGAUGGUAGUGUAAGUGCGGGCCGUUGGGGGAGACAGGAGGGGGGACAAGCGUGCUUUGGCCUGGUUUGAGGCAACUGUACCUAGUGUGAGUAUGG